AUGUCAAGGAUAUCUUUCAAACACACAACUCUGCUGCGACUACUUCUUCUUCACUUACUUCAAGCCAUUGCUUCCUCAUCCCAUGAAUCGGUUGCUUCGUCUUCAAGAAGAGCCCCACCAAAUGUCAUCGUGGUCGGUGGAUCUUCAGGAAUGGGCAAAGCGGCAGCAUUGUGUACAGUGGAAAAGGGAGGCAAAUGUCUGCUCAUAAGUCGGUCGAAAGAAAAACUACUAACGGCACAACAAUACUUGGUAGAACAAGUAGAGGGUGCCGACGUGGAUAUUGCCAUUCUGGACAUGACUGACGAGGAGGCAGUGGAGAGAUUUGCAAAGGAGGAUCUCAAUGACAAUGAAUGGGAUGGUCUCGUCAUAUCGGCUGCGGGAAAAGCUCCCCACGGUCCCAUGAUGAAGCUUGCGACGUCUGAAAGUCGAUCCAUGAUGGAAUCAAAGUUCUGGGGAGCCUACAAUUGCGCCAAGUAUUUUGCUCCCAAACUGACGCAUGGUGGAUGUGUGGUUCUGGUGGCUGGUAUUUUGAAUCGUCGACCAGGUCUCAAUUGCGUCCCACUAGCAAUUGCCAAUGGUGCCUUGGAAGCUCUUACGAAAUCGUUGGCGUUGGAAUGGGGUCCACGAUUACGGGUGAACUGUUUGAGUCCAGGGUUCUGCGAUACUGAACGCUUUGACCAUUUGACAGCCGAACGAAAGCAAAAAAUGCUGGCCAAUACGGCUGCCUCAUUGCCCUUGCAACGUGUUGGUGAGCCUAAAGAUAUGGGCGAAGCAAUUUAUUACUUGUUGACGGCGCCUUUUGCCACUGGUGUCAUUCUGGAUGUGGAUGGUGGGCAUGGAAUCAGACAGUAUGCGUCCAUGACAAACGAUCCAAUGCGGAAGACCUCAUGA